CCCCCACUGGCCCUGCCCUAGAGAACGGCAGGGAAGCUGCGGCGAGGGCUGGCAGCUGGCAGAGUCCUGGGCACCCAGCCCCUCGCCCAGCUCGCACCCCAAAGCCUGGAGAGAGACUGCGGUGCCAUUGACCUGUGGACUCCAGAGACUCUGACGGGGAAGGUUUCCUGAAUUACCAGAGGAGAAACCUGGGUUUGAGUCCUGACUUGUCACCAGCUUCCUGAGUGACCUGGGCUGGUCCCACCCCCUCUUGGAAUCUCUGUCUUCCACCUCUUCAGCGAAGGGGUUGAUUUAUAAGAUGUUUUCUGCUCUGACAUUAUAAUUUGAAUUCUCUAUUUCCACGUGACAUUCGAGAAGUCUGGCCGGCAGGAUGGAAUCUGAAAUGACAGUGGCUCUGGACUGGGCUUUGUGCUCAGCCCAACUCAUCUUUGCCUGAGACCUAGGAGUGGCCCCCGGCUCUCCUGACGCGCCACCACCCUUGGCAUCUGCUCCUCUCCCUGCCCCCAUAUACCCAUGCUCCGAAGGGGAGUUCUCUUCCAUAGCAAAUCUGGGAGGUGCCGAGGAACCGGGCCCUUUGUUCCAGACCCAGAAGCAGCCAUGGGGAUCUGUGAUGUUGUGACUGAGGCCAAUGUCUCAUCUGACCCUGAGAGCAAUAUCACGGGCACCACAGCCUUCUCCAUGCCCAGCUGGCAGCUGGCACUGUGGGCCACAGCCUACCUAGCCCUGGUGCUGGUGGCCGUGACGGGCAAUGCCACGGUCAUCUGGAUCAUCCUGGCCCAUCGGAGGAUGCGCACGGUCACCAACUACUUCAUCGUCAACCUGGCUCUGGCCGACCUCUGCAUGGCUGCCUUCAACGCCACCUUCAACUUUGUCUAUGCCAGCCACAACAUCUGGUACUUUGGCCGCGCCUUCUGCUACUUCCAGAACCUCUUCCCUAUCACAGCCAUGUUUGUCAGCAUCUACUCCAUGACCGCCAUCGCCGCCGACAGGUACAUGGCCAUCGUCCACCCCUUCCAGCCUCGGCUCUCAGCCCCCAGCACCAAGGCGGUUAUUGCUGGCAUCUGGCUGGUGGCUCUUGCCCUGGCCUCCCCGCAGUGCUUCUACUCCACCAUCACCAUGGACCAGGGUGCCACCAAGUGCGUGGUGGCCUGGCCUGAAGACAGCAGGGGCAAGACACUACUCCUGUACCACCUCGUGGUGAUCGCCCUCAUCUACUUCCUGCCGCUGGCAGUGAUGUUCGUCGCCUACAGCGUCAUCGGCCUCACGCUCUGGAGGCGCCCAGUGCCGGGACAGCAGGCGCACGGUGCCAACCUGCGCCACCUGCAGGCCAAGAAGAAGUUCGUGAAGACCAUGGUGCUGGUGGUGGUGACGUUCGCCGUCUGCUGGCUGCCCUACCACCUCUACUUCCUCCUGGGCAGCUUCCAGGAGGACAUCUACUGCCACAAGUUCAUCCAGCAGGUCUACCUGGCACUCUUCUGGUUGGCCAUGAGCUCCACCAUGUACAAUCCCAUCAUCUACUGCUGCCUCAACCACAGGUUCCGCUCUGGAUUCCGGCUUGCCUUCCGCUGUUGCCCGUGGGUCACACCCACCGAAGAAGAUAAGCUCGAGCUGACUCCCACGCCCUCCCUCUCCACGAGAGUCAACAGGUGUCACACUAAGGAGACUUUGUUCAUGGCUGGGGAUGCAGCCCCGUCCGAAGCUACCAAUGGGGAGGCGGGGCAUCCCCAAGAUGGAUCGGGGCUAUGGUUUGGUCUGAGGUAUUCCAUGAAAGCAACACAAAUGGACUAAGACAGAUGCCUACUGAACCCUGAAGCCUUGUGCCUGGCUGCGGAAUGAGUGUGGCACCCUUUGAGAAGUAGCCUAUCAGGAAGACCAGAUCUGGAAGUUCAGUGCAUGCCCCAUGCUUCAAUAUCCCAAUGCAAAAACAAGAUGGGGCUGGGAACUCCAGAAAGGAUGCUGACUCUACAAGGACUCAGCCCCUCAUCUCAGAGAGCACCUCGGGGGAUCCAGUAAAGGUCAGAAAAGACAGUGUGAGCUGGUAUUUAUCUAAUCUAGGAGAUGCAAGCUCAAAUGCCUUCCUGGAGCAUGCAAGAAUACUUACAAAAGAAAAACUGCAAAUGUGAUAAUAAAAGGCAACUGACUUCCAGCCUCAGUGUUGAGGGACUAGGGAAUGGUGGGAGCAUGGCAACCUGGAGACAGGCAUUCAAAGGGGACAGGAACUGCCCAGCUCUGGACAAACGUUGCCACGUGGUAAUGGGAGCCCACUGUUGCUAGAUCUUCUACAUCUUUCCAUAGAAGCUGUAAAUCCAGAUUUGUAUGUGAGUCUUCCAGAUGUGUUGAAUUUGGCCCACAUUUUCAUAAGCUUUAUGUAAGUCAAACAAAACGUACCUGUGGGCAAUGCAACUAUGACACUGAUUCACCAUCAGGCUGUGCAUACAAGGGAGGAAACUUCUUAUUUCACAAAGCCCAGUGACUGUGAGGCAGCCGAGGGCCUUUCUGCCUCAGUGUCUAAGACGUCAGAUACAGCCCAGGCAGAUGGUGAUUAAGAGUCCAAAGAGUCAGCUGUGUUUCCUCAGGCAAGUCACACCUGAGCCUCUUCCUCUGCCCAGUAUCAAAACUACUUCACAGGGAUGCUGUGAGGAACAAUGGCAGUAAUAUCUAUAAACUAGCAGGCCAGACCAGAGAAGUGCCCAAUACAUGGUAGCCAGGCAGGAGUGCAGUGGCAUCAUCAGGGCUCACUGCAGCCUAAACCUCCUGAGCUCAAGGGAUCCUCCCGCCUCAGUCUCCCAUGUAGCUAGGACCACAGGCACACAUCAGCACAUCCAGCUAAUUUUUAAGAUUUUUGUAGAUAUGGGGUCUUGCUAUGUUGCCCAGGCUGUUCUUGAACCCCUGGGCUCAAGCAUUCCUCCCACCUGUCUCCUGAAGUGGUGAGAUUCCAGGCGUCAGCCAUCACAUCUGGCUGUUAGCCAUGACUUUUAACUAUUUUACACAAAAGCCACCUACAAAGCAGCAGACAGCUCCCACUCCCACUGCAGCAGGAAGCUGGAGGGCGGAGAGCAGCUGUCCCAACUCCCAGAAAGCUCCAGGUCUGGCCCAGCCCAUUCCUAGGGUACACCUCCUCUUGCUUGCCGACUCAGCCUCCACGCCCUGGUUCCCCGGUGGAUGAACCACAUAACAUCGUCAAUGCACAUUGCAAGGUGUAAUGCUGUCUGUGUUCUCCGUAAAAAUCACUGCUCCAUAGACACCAGCACCAUGCCCCAAUAAAGGUGGUCACCAAACCAGGUGGUCUUGCAGUCAGUCCUGCGGGAAGGCACUUAGAGCGGUUGUGGCUUGGGACAUCACAGGGUGCUUGGGUGCAGAGUGACAUGGAACUCACCAAAAGCUUGGGGAGAAUCCAAAAUGAGAGCCUGGGGAUAGAAC